GAUGCCUCGGUAACUCCACAGUUACAACCGACACGCCCAUCCAUCAUCUCCUUAGCCGCAAUCGAUGCUAUAUCCAUAUCAAACAGGUAUACAUGUCGUUAGAUUCCGUGACCGUGUGAUCUGAAUUAUCUACAAUUCCUCUGAAGCUUUGAUACCGGUUUCACAAAACCAGUAACACUUCAACUGUAGCGUCUGAUCUCCAACCGAGCAUCGACGCCCUGAUUACCAAGCAACACCCUGAACUGAUUCCAAGAAAUACACAUCACGAAAUGUCAUCUCAGUCAUACGCCCACUUCCUGGUGCACCGGCCUGCGCCCGGCGUGGCGCACGUCGAGAUCAACCGCCCCGACAAGCUCAACUCGUUUUACGAGGAGAUGUGGCUCGAGUUUGGCCGCGUCUUCAAUGCCCUGUCUGUCGACCCCGAGAUACGUGCCGUCGUCCUCUCGGGCGCCGGCGAGCGCGCAUUCACCAGCGGCCUGGACGUCCAAAAGGCCUCAGACGGCUGGCUCGUGAAGGGAAUGGACGACGGCAGCGGUCAGCCCGUGGACUCGGCUAGGUUUGCCACCUACGCCAGGAGGCACAUUGCCGAGUUUCAGGAUUCCAUCAGCGCCAUGGAAAAGUGUGAAAAGCCCGUCAUCUGCGUGCUCCACGGCCUCUCCCUCGGCCUGGCCAUCGACCUGGCCUGUUGCGCUGACGUGCGGCUGGUAGCGCGCGGCACGCGCAUGGCAGUCAAGGAGGUCGACAUCGGGCUGGCGGCCGACAUUGGCACGCUCAGCCGGCUGCCCAAGGCGGUGGGCAGCCUUUCGUGGGUCAAGGAGGUGUGCCUGUCGGCGCGCGAGUUCACGCCCGAGGAGGCGCUGCGCGUCGGCUUCGUCAGCGGGCCCAUCCACGAGACCAAGGCCGACGCGGUCAAGGCUGCCCUGUCCAUGGCGGCCCUGGUCGCUAGCAAGAGCCCCGUGGCGGUGCAGGGCACCAAGGAGCUGCUGAACCACGCGCGGGACCACAGCGUCGAGGAGAGCCUGAGGUACACGGCCGUUUGGAACUCGGCGGCACUGCAGACGAGGGAUAUCAAGGAUGCGUUGCUGAGCGGGAUCCAGAAGAGGAAGGCUACUUUUGCCAAGCUGUGAGGGAGGUUUGGAGAGAUUUCUACAGACCAACAUAGAAACUUGUACAAAUGCUAUUAUGUAUUUAUUCAUGAACCGCAAACUAAAUGUUUCGAGUACAAAAUGACCGCAGCACUAUAAUGCCCACCGACAAAGGAAUUUGCUGGGUAUGCCAAGACACAAUGGACUGGAAAACAAUAUACUGGUUCCUAGGACU